AUGAUUGUAUUAAAGCAAGCAGUGGGGUGUAGCCUGGACGGCAGUGCAACGGUGAGCAGAGCGGAGAGGAUGGUGGGAUGUGAACGUUUCCUGGUUAAACGGCUUCACCGGAACCUGGAUCCCGACGAUACCGCCACACUGGAGCAGGAAAUAACUAUGAGCAUCCAACUCAAUGAACAACCACAUAUACUGCCGUGCGAGCACCAUUUCGUGGAAGGGCCAUAUCUCUACGCCAUAAUGCCGGAGGUGGAGAACUCACUUUACGAGCUCAUGGCCAAGUACUACGUCGAUAUGAUGCCGGAGGGACUAAUGCUCGCUAUCCUACAGCGCCUGAUCAGCGUGUUGGCCUCUAUUCACGAGCUAGGCCACACCCACGGGAGGGUAUGCGCCGCCCACAUCUACUAUGACGCCAAUCGAGAUGUUAAGGUGGGCUAUGCUGCCUCCGUCUUCGACUACUACAACUACCACCUAUACCCUCGCAAGAAGCUCAGCCCCAUGUGGCCCGAGUCGGCCAUAUAUCAUCUAGCUGCUGCACCCGAGGCUCACAAGAGCUUCGAGUCCGAUAUUUGGAUGGUUGGAGUGGUUGCUUUGGAGCUCAUCUAUUUUGGUUUGUAUGUGAGCAAGAGGGAGGAAUUUGAUAAUUUGGUUGCCACUAUCCUAACUCACAGGAAGUUUCCUCUUGGAUACUUCGGUGUCAAGGAGAAUCUGUCGGCCAGGCAAUAUAGUGAUGGAUUUGUCAAUCUAGUGACUAGUUGUUUCAAUAUGGAACCUGCAAAUAGGCCUACUGCAAAACAACUUCUAACUUGGGAUGUAAUUUCCCACCCACUUGCUACUCGAGGCUUUUAUAUGUAA